GGUUCAGGAGGAGCGUGCCGGCUGCUGCUGCUGGAGCAGGGGGAGAGACGAUGCCUUUGGGUGUUGCUCCUGGUGGGGGAAGCUGGAGUGCUGCACCUCCUUCUGGCUCAUAGAGGGUCCGGUGAUGCACACAUGGAACCUUGGGCUAACCAUCCUGGUCGAUGGAGGAUCAGCUUCUCUGGACAAGUCCUCGCACCUCUACACCACAAGUAGGCCACACCCUCAAUCAGCGAAGCACGCUUCUCUCCCUUCUCUGGUCUCCUCCUCUCCGCUCGCCAAGACUGCGACUACGCCAAGCGCGUCUGUACCAAUAUCUAGUUACCCGGUCACCUGGACUUCUCCCUCUCCCUCCGCCCUCUGCCCUCUGGCCUCUUUACACCGCUCGCACCCUCCUUCUCUCUCAGGACGGGCGACCUUGUCGAUUGGAAAGGAAAGGAGAGGACAGAGGAAAUUGUAUCAUCAUUUACUAUCAAGCUCGACAAGUGCACUACUGAGGAAUGAGGAAUUAGAAACGUGGAACGACGUUUGCAGACGGGGGACGCAGGGCGCAAGGCGCGAGGAGACACUGAUCUUUCUCCCUUUGCAGACGCGACAAGGACUUUUCCUUACGGCGGGGCUCGAUUUCUCUACAUUUGACCGGACAGAGCAAGGGGCGAAAAGAUUGGUGGCAGUACAUUCGGCGUCGGCACCAACACUUUCAACCUUUGGCUGUACAGUGUGCUCUACUACCAUAGGUCAGCUGCAUCUUUCGCCAAGAUCUCACUCUCACACUCAAACUAGACAGACGAAGAGUAAAAGAGAACCACGAAUCAUUACGUAACCACUGGAACAGAGAACUAGAUAGGACCUAGAUAAAAGGAGUACAUAGUACCUGGAUAAAGGGAUUACAUAUAGAUAGAUGAUAGAUGACCACGACUACGAAACCAAAGGGAGACGGCAACAGAGCUCGACUGUAUCACCGACUCCCUUCUUCCAAUCUUCCCACUGACUAGGGGAGAGGAUUGGGAACUCGCCUGCGAUAAAAACCUCUUCGAAACUUGAAGAGGAAAAGCAAGCGAGCUCU